CUCACGAUAUAGCACAUGUGCGCAGAAUCAUGAAGCAAUUUAGAUCACAUUUUCCUUUGACUUCUGCUGCCUCGUGCUUUUGAUAUUAAUGUGUAAAUCGUGAAUCGACGUGACUGCAUUGUCGCUGAAUGAAACCAAGCCCGAGCUAAGUGUACGACAAUGAAUUUUGUUACGAUACGCACGUUUCAUCGUUGUGAAAAAUCGUUGCCCUUACUCUAAUGCGGCUAUCGAUGGGGAUUGUAAUCGCUGGAAGGAAUUUAUCAUCGUGACAGUGUAUUACAUCAUCUUCUUUGAACAGUUUGGGUAUUGAUCCCCAAAAAUUACCAAUGAGAUAUGCAGCAUCAAGUUGAACAAAGACAUCCAGGAUCCUUGCAAUACAAAUAUUUUCAAUACGCUGAACCUGAUAGUGCUGUAAAUGUACAAGAUGUCUGCGGUAGAGACACCACCUUUCAUUCGUACCAUCGAAUGGGAUAUGAUGGACAAGACAAAGUUCUUUCCAUUGAGUAUGCUCUCUUCGUUCUCUGUACGCUGUUGUCUAUACCCCUUGACAGUAAUCAAAACUCGGUUACAAGUUCAAAGACACAACUAUAUGUACAAUGGGAUGGUAGACGCUUGCAAGAAGAUUUACAGAGUUGAAGGCUUGGCUGGCCUAUAUAGAGGGUUUUGGAUAAGUUCUAUACAAAUUGUAUCUGGUGUAUUUUACGUGUCUACGUACGAAGGCGUGCGUCAUAUACUUGGGCAACACGGUGUUAUAGGUAAUUUAGAUUCAAGAGUCAAGUCGUUAAUUGCUGGUGGAGCUGCUAGUUUAGUAGGCCAGACAAUAGUGGUACCCUUCGAUGUCUUAAGUCAGCACAUAAUGGUUCUUGGGUUCAAUACUGGUAAACAAGGGAGAUUCAUAGACAAGAUGGGUAUGAAUCCACUGGGUUUAACUCUUGAACCAGGAAAAACUCGUGCUCAGAUCUCAGCUGAUAUCAUUAAAUCGAUUUAUCAGACAGAUGGGUACAGAGGCUUUUAUAGGGGAUACGUUGCAUCGUUGUGCGCUUAUGUUCCCAACAGUGCUCUUUGGUGGGGAUUAUACACCUCCUAUCAAGAAGAGCUCGUAAAGUUGUUUCCAGAGUGGGUUUCCCACUUGUUUAUUCAAGCUGUUGCUGGCACACUGGGAGGAUUCACCACCACUAUUAUCACGAAUCCUCUGGACAUUGUACGGGCAAGGUUACAAGUACAAAGAUUAGAUAGUAUGUUCAGCGCGUUCAAGGUCCUCUGGGUCGAGGAAAGAUUGCAGAUGUUCACGAAAGGACUCUCGGCACGACUUGUACAGUCUGCUUGUUUUAGUUUCUCAAUAAUUUUAGGAUACGAAACUAUUAAAAGAUUCAGUAUAACUGACGAGUACAAAAGUUACAUUAGGUGGUAAAGACACUUUGCAAUAAUUGUUUUUUAUGUAAAUGCAUUUUAUCGAUGAUUCACGAUGUGUCACGUACGCAAGAACGAUCAAUACGCACCAAAGAUAAAACAGAACGCGAUCCAUUCACGCCCAAAUUCUUUUAACAAUAUUACAAUAUAUUACAGAGAAUAUAAAAAUGUAACGAAAACUUUGACAAGAAACUGUUUAUUUCAAAUAAACAACAAAUCGUCAUGAAUCAAUUUUAACAAUGAUGUAACUAUACGUUAGUUAUAUUCGCAAUCUUUUUCCUACCGUUUGUACAGCAUCCAAUAUUUCCCAAUCAUUUUAGAAGGAAUGCAUUUUUAUGUUUUUUUUUCAUACAUUGUAUAAAAUCAGUGGUAGGUAUUAGAGACAUUGCUGUGAUAAGCUACAGUGAACAAGAAUAUGUUUCUAUAAUAUAUAAAAUAAAUGAAAUAUCAGUCGUAGAAAAGUCAUGUUGUACGCGAAAUAUGUAUUGUAAAUGAAUAAACUUAUUAGUUAUAUUAAAUAAUA